GCGGGAGCGCGGCGGAGCCGGCGGAACAUGGCGUGGGUGCUGAAGAUGGAUGAAGUGAUCGAGUCCGGGCUGGUGCACGACUUCGACGCCAGCCUCUCGGGCAUCGGGCAGGAGCUGGGAGCCGGUGCCUACAGCAUGAGUGAUGUUUUGGCACUGCCUAUUUUCAAACAGGAAGAUUCCAGCCUUCCACAAGAAAAUGAGACCAAACAUCCACCUUUCCAGUAUGUUAUGUGUGCUGCAACAUCUCCAGCAGUAAAAUUAUAUGAUGAAACUCUCACAUACUUGAAUCAAGGUCAGUCCUAUGAGAUCCGGAUGCUAGAUAAUCGGAAAGCUGGAGACAUACCAGAGAUCAAUGGAAAACUGGUGAAGAGCAUUAUAAGAGUCGUGUUCCAUGACAGAAGGUUGCAGUACACAGAGCACCAGCAGCUAGAGGGCUGGAAGUGGAACCGCCCUGGGGACAGACUGCUCGACUUAGAUAUUCCAAUGUCUGUUGGAGUCAUUGAUAUCAAGACAAAUCCAAGCCAGCUCAACGCAGUUGAAUUUUUAUGGGAUCCAACAAAAUGUACAUCUGCUUUUAUUCAGGUACAUUGUAUCAGCACUGAAUUUACCCCUCGUAAACAUGGAGGAGAAAAAGGAGUUCCUUUUAGGAUUCAGGUUGACACCUUUAAACAGACUGAAAAUGGAGAAUAUACAGAUCAUCUGCAUUCAGCCAGUUGUCAAAUCAAAGUUUUUAAGCCCAAAGGAGCAGACAGAAAACAGAAAACAGACAGAGAAAAGAUGGAAAAGCGAACUGCACAUGAAAAAGAGAAGUAUCAGCCUUCAUAUGACACCACAGUUCUUACAGAGAUGAGGCUUGAGCCUAUAAUUGAAGAUGCAGUUGAACAUGAGCAGAAAAAGUCCAGCAAGCGGACUUUGCCAGCAGACUACGGUGAUUCUCUGGCAAAGCGAGGCAGUUGCUCACCAUGGCCUGAUACUCCUACAACAUUUGUAAACAACAGUCCUACUCCUGCUCCAGCUUUCACUUCUGCUCAGCAUAACACCUACAGUGUCCCAGACAGCAAUUCUUCCUCCCCAAAUCAUCAAGGAGAUGGAACCUCUCAAGGGUCAGGAGAUCAGCUUCAUCCUUCAGCCACAAUCCAGGAAACUCAGCAAUGGUUGCUCAAGAAUAGGUUCUCUGCCUAUACAAGGCUUUUUUCAAAUUUCUCAGGUGCUGAUUUAUUAAAGCUGACAAGAGAAGAUCUGGUACAAAUCUGUGGUCCAGCCGAUGGAAUUCGGCUGUAUAAUGCACUGAAAUCCAGGUCCGUGAGGCCCCGUUUAACAAUCUACGUGUGCCAGGAGCCCUUACGGAACAUACAACUGGAAUGCCAGGACGCGGGCAGCGGAGACAGCAACGGUGCAAUAUACGUUUAUCAUGCAAUCUACUUAGAGGAGAUGGCAGCCUCAGAAGUCACACGCAAGCUUGCUUUGGCAUUUAAUAUUCCUUUGCAUCAGAUCAACCAAGUUUACAGACAGGGUCCCACAGGCAUCCACAUUCUUGUUAGUGAUCAGAUGGUUCAAAACUUUCAAGAUGAGAGUUGUUUCUUAUUCACCACAAUAAAAGCUGAAAAUGGAGAAGGCUUCCAUAUAAUUCUGAAGUGACAUCACACACUUGCUAGACUGAUACUCCAACACAGAAUGAAGUCCUGCCUAAAGAUUAUGAAGAUCAUCCAAAACCUUAGGAUCUAACUUCACUGUAUAAGAUGUUUCAUAUUGAAAACACAAAAUGACCUUUCUAAUGAGCUGUUUGAUAGGUGAACUUUCUUAUCACUGCCAUAGCUAAGUGUCCUCAUGAGAGGUAUAAUGCCAUGACAGCUUCUGUACAGGCAUGGAAGACAAUGUAAGCAAAGGUGCUUGCCCUUCACUGAAAUAAGGCAAACUAUGGCCAGUAGAUACAGUUUAUAGAAGUGAAGCAGUGCUGCUUUUCUAUUAUCUGUAUCCAGUUGGAGAUGAAUGUAGACUUAUUUUGGGGCAUUUACCUUUCUGUGCCAGUUUGUCUAUUACGUGCUUGUACCUUACGCUGAUUUUAUUUUUUGAUGUUAGCAGAGCACAUGCUAAUCUGUGUGAAGAUGAGUAGUUAAGGUGAUAGUGAUCAGGUUGUCAGGUCUUUGAGAGUAAAGCUGUCAAAACAGCUUCCCGUGUAAAUUGUGUAUAAGAGUGUAUGUAAGAAGUGUAAAUGCCAGAACAGGGCUUUUAAGAAGCCCUAGACAGAUGCAAUAUAUGCAUGCAGCAAACUGCAUUAUCAAUAGUACCUUAUUGGAGGGAUUAAUAUAAAUCCUAUGGGGUACCAAGUAAUUGUGUUUUGCUUUAAUGAAUUUAAUGGAAAAGAAUUGCCUAUGCAUCCUUUAUGUUUAGUUUCCUAGGUUCUCUGCGGAGCACUGCUGCAGUUUAACUCUUUGCUUGUAAAAUUGUGGGUUUAAAAAUAAUGGCAGUGAGAAGUGGGGUUUUCAGUGGAAUUAUGCUGAUGAGGGAAGAUGACCCACUGGCACCACAGGGCUGUCAUAGCUUUCAGCAGCAUCGAAUAAAUUGCUUGAGAAACACUAAAUACACCCCCUGUAAGUCUCCUUCUCAGCAGGUGAACGCCCUGCUGGCGCUCCUAUUCUGGACAAAUCUCUUCUUACCUUUUCAGUUGCCCUUCCUGCACCCUCCAUCCAUCCAUACUGUACACCUGUUACAGUGCCUCUUCCAUAUGACCAAAUAUUUACUUUUCUCUGAAACAGGCAAUGUGCUUUCUUGGUAUUUUGGAUGUGUCUUGUAAAGUCAUGGCACAGCAUUUCCUAGGCUAACAUUAAGUGGCAAUUGGUUAGGUACUUAAAGGGGAUUAUUUCCAGAGGUACACAAAGGUAGGUGACAGUUUCAGAGCUGUUAUUCUGUGCCUUUGGAAAGUUCCAACUUGAUCUCUGGCUUAAAAGCUUGGGAAUAGUUUGCUUUUUAUGCUGCGGUGUUCCGUGUAAACCAAUACUACAGCAUGUAAAAAAGCAACUUUUGACUUUUUCAUUUCCCCUUUCAUAAGUGGCUCAAAUGCUUAGCAGAAAAGCUUCUGAAAGCUGUAGCAUUUUGAAAAUUUAAAUUCAUCAAACCUAGAGGUUUUUUUCCUAUUUUUGGUUUUUUGGUUUGGUUUUUUUUUUUCUGCACUGAAAGUAAAAUUUUAUGUUCUUAAACAUUUCUGCCUAUAAGUUGUUCUUCUUUGGGUAUUAUUUGGUCCUAGUAUUUUCCUGAACUGACACUUGUGUCUUUUUAGCUCACACCAUAUUCAAAUCCAAAUGUUUUAUAAAAGUGGAAAAAUCCUUGAUUGGAAAGUAUCCAAAUAUCUAAUUUUAAAGAAUAUUGAAAGUUGUACAGUAGUUUGUCCAGCUCACUUGAAAUUGGAAUUAAAUUAUGGCACCAGCAAAUGGCUUUUGUUUUUUAAUAAGAUGUACACAUUUCAAUUUAAGUAUAAUAAAUGUUUUUCAAUAAUUUUGUAAA